GAUGAAUUGUAUGUUUUGUCUUUUGUUCGCUCGCUCGCUCGGUUGUUAAAACUUUGAUCCUUUGUUCGUUCAUUGUUUGCGUCGCGUCAAGUUAAAAUCCAAGCUAAAUACAACCGCACACACGAGUAUAUACGUCAAUGUAUAAUUUUUAUAUAAUAUAAAGCCAAAAUCGUGUUUGCUAUUGGCGUUUGUUUAGUGGCCUAUUCACUUUUCGUGGUGCAUUGUGCGUCUUUUUGAACGGGCAGAAUUUUAAUGAAGACGAAAAUGCUUUUGUUUGGAAAGCAAAAACAAUAAAAUCAUUACUCAUCUGCAUGUGCCAUUAUAAUAAUAAACAUAAAAAAGUGUUUUAUUAAAGAAACACUCAUUUGCAAAUUGAUACACACACAUAGCCACAUAGGCCACAUUACCGUUAAUCGCAAUAAUUUCUAGCAUAUAAAAGAACAACAACGAAGCAACGACAACGCAGCGAAAAUGAGCACCAUCGAAGAGAUUCCUGAAACCCAGGAGGUCACCUCCACCUCCGCCGCCACCGCCACUGCCCAACAAGAACCUGUAACGUCUGCGGAAAAGGAAGAGCACGAUCCCAAUAUAGCCGUUCCUCGCCCACCUCUCGCCGAAUUUACCACACCCCCACCAUCACCCAUCGAUGAGAGUGAAAUGGCUGCAGUUAGCAAAGAAGUGAAUCCCGAAAGGGCAGUCGCCUCUAGCAGCGACGGCAUCUUCUCGGUCCUUUAUACGGUUUUCAAGAAAGUCGCCAUUGUCGGUUCCAUUUACUUGGUUGGCUAUAUGGGUUGGAGUGUCGCGUGGCUUAUAGCGCCCGUUAUUCUAUCUGUGGCGCGCGAUGAAUUCCGUAAAACCACCGAACACAAGCGCAACAUUGCUAAGGCGUCAGCCAUGGCUUCCGAGAAGGAUGUCAUACUUGCGCGCAUCGAUGAGUUGCCAGCGUGGGUCUACUUUCCCGAUGUUGAACGCUGUGAAUGGGUCAACAAGAUCCUCAAACAAGUGUGGCCCAAUGCCAACCACUUCGCCCGCACACUCGUCAAAGAGACAAUCGAGCCAAAUGUUGCAUUCGCACUUUCCAAUUACAAAAUGAAUGGCUUCCGCUUCGAUCGCAUCAUACUCGGCACAAUACCGCCACGCAUUGGUGGCGUAAAGAUCUACGAUAAAAAUGUCGAUCGCAAUGAGAUCAUUAUGGAUUUGGAUCUGUUUUAUGCGAGUGAUUGCGACAUCAACUUCUAUUUGGGCAGCAUCAAGGGUGGCAUCAAAGACUUCCAAAUACAUGGCUGGGUGCGCGUGGUUAUGAAGCCACUCAUACGUUCCAUGCCACUGGUGGGUGGUCUGCAGAUCUUCUUCUUGAACAACCCCAAUAUCGAUUUCAAUUUGGUGGGCGUCAUUGAUUUUAUGGAUAUGCCCGGAUUGAGUGAUUUGUUGCGUAGGAUAAUUGUAGAGCAAAUCGGCGCGGUUAUGGUGCUGCCGAAUAAGUUGCCGAUCACAUUGAGUGAUGAGGUGCCAGCGAUCAGUUUAAAAAUGCCAGAACCGGAGGGUAUUUUACGCAUACACGUCGUUGAGGCCAAAGAUCUUAUGAAGAAGGAUAUCGGUGUAUUGGGUAAAGGCAAAUCCGAUCCCUAUGCGGUGAUCAAUGUGGGCGCACAAGAAUUCAAAACGCAAAUUAUUGAAAAUAAUGUGAACCCCAAGUGGGACUACUGGUGCGAGGCCCCUGCCUUUGCUGACGGCACUUUGGAUCUCAAGGCCGUCUUUCAUUUGUGGGACUCAGAUAUUCCUGGUAGUCCGAAUGAUGAUUUUUUGGGAAGAGCUACCAUCGAAAUAUUCAAUGUGAUCAAGCGAGGCAUUGUGGACACGUGGCUAACCUUGGAGGACGCCAAGCAUGGGCUCUUACACGUACGCAUGCAGUGGUAUAAGUUGACUGCCGAUCCUACCGACCUGCAAGCGGCACUACUGGAGACGCAACUGCUGCGAGUAACUUCCAUGAGCACAUCACUACUCACUGUCUUCGUCGAUUCGGCGAAGAAUUUGAAGCAAGCGCGCACCAGCUCCAAACCCGAUCCCUACUUAAUUGCCAUGGUUGGCAAACACAAGGAGCAGACUGCAAUGAUUAUGCGCGAUGAUUCGCCCGUGUGGGAGCAAGGUUUCACCUUCCUGGUGGGCAAUCCGGAAAAUGAGUCACUGCAAAUACGUAUUGUGGACCAGAAGACAGGCAACGACAUCGGACAGUAUACGUACCCGUUGAAUUUACUGCUACCUAAGAAAAAUAUGGAAUUGGUCUCACAGCCAUUCCAGCUACAAAAAUCUGGUCCCGAAUCCAAAUUGAUUAUGUCUCUUUCAUUGCGCAUUCUCAAGCCUGCCGAGGUGUUAGAAGAGACCGAGCCCAAUGCGGGCUCCUCAGAGUCUUCAGCAGCGCUAACACGAUCGAGCUCGGUGAAAACGCCCACGCAGGAGAGCAGCAAGGAUCUACAAUCACAAACGAGCCGCAUUUCAGUUGAAUCUCCCAUUGCCGAGGAACAUGUUGAAACAAUGAAAGCUUCACCAACUUCUACACCCUACUCUGCUGCUCUGGAGUCUGGCGAAGCGGUGCUCACCCAUCGUAUGCCCGAUUUGAGCAGUUCGUCCGGGGAGUUCGGUCUCGGUCGCAUACAACUUUCUGUGCGCUAUAGCGUACAGCGUCAGAAACUCACUGUUACCGUACACAAAAUCAUCUAUCUCCCACUACGUGAUCCCUCCAACAUACCGGAUCCCUAUGUUAAACUCUAUCUACUGCCAGGACGUAGCAAAGAAUCAAAGCGUAAGACAAUGGUAAUCAAGGACAACUGCAAUCCCGUUUAUGAGGCGACAUUUGAGUAUCUCAUAUCGACUGCCGAGCUGGCACAAACUGAGCUAGAGGUGACUGUGUGCUCACAAAAGGGCUUCCUCUAUGGCGGCAGUCCCAUCAUGGGCAUGCUGAGAAUCCCUCUAAAUGAUCCAGAAAUCUCUAGUAAUGGUUUGAAUUCCUGGCUGGAUCUACAACCGGAAAUGAAGCAUGAUUAAGUGUGGAGAAAGCAUAAAAUUGUUCACUCAGUGGUGCUUGUUGCUGGAAUGGGCACAGAGUAUAGGCCGCCGCUGAGCUGCAAUGUGCUUCAUAUUAUAUAACAUUAUCGUAAUAUUAACGGGAAUGUAGUCAGAGUACUUCAUUUUCCCAAACCUUUUAUGUCAAUUUUUUACUUAAACCGCUUUUCAAUCAAAAAAUAAAAAUAACAAAAAAACACGACAAACACAAUUCACAAACUAACGUGCAAUACUAUCUACAGUGCCUACCACAUAAAACUUAGAUUCCAUUAUUUUUACUUUAAUCGACCUAAAUAUCGCAUGCCAAAAACUACCUACAAACUUAAAUAUUUUUUACACAUAAAAUUUGUUUUCCUAAAAGGCUCAUUAGAAUUUAUAUACGAGUGAUUAUUAACUUUUUAUAAUAUUUUAGGUGUUCUAACAAGCGUAAAAUUUUCGUAUGAAAAUGUCUAUGGAAUCGUAAAUUAAUUUUUAUUAUUUUCGUUUAGAGGCCGUUUUCUCAACUAGCCUGUAAUUUGUAGCCUUUGUACAGAUUCAUAAGUAAAAACACUCUCAGCUGGUUAUCAAAAAAUGCCCACAGCUGAGAUCAGCUGAUUCCAAACACAAUUUUAUUUAAGAUGGCUGCAUGAGUCUGAGUGAGUUGGUAUAAAUGAGUUGGCUAUUUUCGAAACCGACUGCCACAAAAACCUCACCUAACCUAAAAUGGUUGCAUAAGAAAUGAAUAAAUUUCAAAGAAAAUCGUAUCAAAAAGUAAAGAAAAUUACGUAAAAAUUCAGAUAUUUCUGAAUAAAAAGCACGUACGAGUAUAAAUUUCCCACGUCAAAGAUAUUAUUUUGCAGUUUUUUUCUAUUAAUUUUUAGUUUUAUUUUUUUAAGUAUUUUUUAUUAUAAAUUUUCCAAGUCAAAGGUAUUAUUUUGCAUUUUUUUUUUAAUUUUUAAUAUUACUUUUAAAUAUAUUUUUAAUUAUAAAUUUUCCAGGUCAAAGAUAUUAUUUUGCAUUUUUUUAUCUAAUUUUUAAUGUUAUUUUUUUAAAUAUUUUUUAUUAUAAAUUUUCCAAGUCAUAAGUAUUGUUUUGCUUUUUUUGUAUUAUUUUUAAUGUUACUAUAAAAAUACUAAUUUGACAUAGCAACCCCGCCAAUACACGCAAGCAAAGAGGCCAAGCACUCACACCAUCACACACUUGACUACCUGUCAAACUCACACCAAGGGUGCCUGUCAAAAAAUAGGAAGAAGAAAAGUAUUUUUACUUGUAUUUUUGUACAAUGAUCCAAGGCGAAUCUAUUAAAGGUGGUGUUGGUAAAUCAGCUGAUUUGUUUGUUUUUUCUUUUUCGCCGUGUGCAUAUGGCUGUCAGAUCAGAAUGAAACAAGGCGAGUUCAUUAUUUGUUUCCUAGUUUCCCAAUACUUUGCUUUGACAAUCAAACGUACAGAACAUUGAUGUUGGUAUAGUGCCACCACCUUUAAUGAAUGCGCCUUGCAAUGAUCACAGCUCACUUUUUCAUGCCGAUAGACACUUUUUGUUCUCUCAAAAGCUUAUUAAGCUCUCGAG